GCCGUGACCCUGGCAGCUGGCGGAGCGGCCCAGCCCGUGAGCACGUGGCGCCGGCGCUGCCUUUCGGUUGCCAGAAUUCAGGCUGUAGACCGCGAGAUAACAAGUUUAAAACCCCGGCUAAGCCAGAAGAGCCAAAGUGGGACCUCGCCAAGGCCACUCCUCGCUCUCUAGGCCGAGAAUACUGCGCAAAUUCUGCGAGGUUUGAGCCCGGCGGCUCUCCGUUCCCGACCCCUGGCGCGGACACGUUCCCGCGCUUUCUGGCGUGAGGGGUCAGAGGGCGCGCCGACGCGCAGGCGAACGGAGCCUAGGCGGCAGGGGCCAUGGGCGAAGCGGGCGCCGCUGAGGAGGCCUGCUGGCACAUGGGAACUAAAGAGGAAUUUGUUAAAGUCAGAAAGAAGGACCUGGAACGGCUGACAACUGAAGUGAUGCAAAUACGGGACUUCUUACCCAGAAUACUAAAUGGGGAGGUGCUGGAGAGCUUCCAGAAAUUAAAGAUUGUGGAAAAAAAUCUGGAAAGGAAAGACCAAGAAUUAGAGCAGCUGAAAAUGGAUUGUGAGCACUUUAAAGCCCGCCUGGAAACCGUGCAGGCCGACAACAUGAGAGAGAAGAAGGAGAAACUGGCUCUUCGGCAGCAGGUGAAUGAAGUGAAGCAGCAACUCCUGCAGCAGGCAGAGUAUUGUACAGAAAUGGGAGCAGCAGCCUGUACCCUCUUGUGGGGUGUCUCCAGCAGUGAGGAAGUCGUCAAGGCCAUUUUGGGAGGAGUAAGUAUGGAUAAAGCCUUGAAGUUUUUCAGCAUCACUGGUCAAACGAUGGAGAGUUUUGUGAAGUCGCUAGAUGGUGAUAUCAAGGAGCUUGAUUCGGAUGAAAAUCAGUUUGUUUUUGCUCUGGCUGGAAUUGUAACAAAUGUUGCUGCUAUAGCAUGUGGUCGUGAAUUCUUGGUUAAUUCAAGCCGGGUGCUCUUGGACACCAUAUUGCAGCUUCUAGGAGACUUGAAGCCAGGACAGUGUACCAAACUCAAAGUGCUAAUGCUGAUGUCCCUGUACAAUGUAAGCAUCAAUUUGAAAGGCUUGAAAUACAUCAGCGAGAGUCCAGGAUUCAUCCCUUUGCUGUGGUGGCUUUUGAGUGAUCCAGAUGCAGAGGUGUGCUUUCAUGUACUGAGGCUUGUCCAGUCUGUGGUUCUGGAACCUGAAGUCUUCUCCAAGUCGGCCUCUGAGUUCCGGAGCUCCCUACCCCUGCAACGCAUCCUGGCAAUGUCCAAGAGCCGCAACCCCCGCCUGCAAACUGCAGCCCAGGAGCUCCUGGAAGAUCUCCGCACUCUGGAGCAUAAUGUAGUGUCCCAGCAGCUGACAAUGACUGGAACUUGGGGAACGUCUCCAUGGCCAGACAGGGCCCUGUUGAGGUGGCUGAAGCCACAGCUUAACACCAACAAACCAUUCGCUGGUGGUCACAAGAUGGGAUUUGCCUGGAAAGCCUGUCUCUUGAAUUCUCCGUGCCCUGGGCAGCAGCAGCAGCUCCAGAGCAGGCAGAAUGGGAGCCGAGAACCCCGAGUGUCUUCUUUGCCCGUGUGGCCAUCCCUCAGGCUCCAGCCACCUCCCUUGCUGUGCCAGCCAGGGCAGAGGUGCAUGACAACCCUGAGCAAGUCAAAACAACCGUCAGCAGCGGGAAACCUCGAUGAACAAACACCGGGAGAGUGUUUCUGCAGAUCCUGCUUUGUGACUUCAAGUGAAGUGUGGAAGCGGUGGAAGCACUUCGACCCUGCCUGUGCCGCAGACCCCUGGGAGGCACCAGCACCCUGGAUCGAGAAGCCCGAUGUGAAAGAAUGUCUGGGAAGGACGUCAUGCCAGAGGCUUGCAUGACAGUUUCCACUUACAGUGCGCUCACUCUGAACCUCCAUGCACACGAUGGGCCUGCGUCUCUUCCCGCUAUCUGCUAGGAAACACGAGGAAUCAUGGGAGUUGCCACAGUUUGCACCCAGGCCUGUGCGGAUGCCCCUGACUGCCCGAGAUGCUGCACCUGCCACUGCUGGGGGUGUAUACCUGCCUAUGCCCACUCACAGGGGCACCUCCAGGGUGGCUGCCUGGUGCAGGCGUUGGCUCUAAGCAGAGCAGCACUAUGGGCCCAUCUGGGGCUGGCUCUUGCCUGGGCCUGUGAGUGCCAUCACAGCCAGCCGAUCUGGGAGUAUCCAGGGUGUUCUUGUCAUUGUGGGCACUGAAUAGCCGUUGGUGGGUGGCGAUGGGGGCUCGGAAGCCGAGCAUCGGUGACAAUGAGAAGCAGGCCCUGUGGUUUAAUUCUGAAGCACAUGCACCCACAGAGCCGCCAAUAGUCGUUAUUCAGCAGGAGGGGGAACAGAGACAGCAACCUGCGGAGCGUUCCAGGCAGGACAGGGCAGCAAACCUGACACGCGGAGCUGGGGGCAGGGGCACAUUCUGGAGAUGCGGGGCAGAGAUGGGGCCUCUGUGAGAACCUUUGAGGUGUGAGGGCCUUGAUCUGGGGUGCAGCCUCCAGCUUUCUGCUUACAGAGCAGGACCUGCAGGAGCUCGCUGACUGCCUGCACAGUGGAAGGAAGACCUGUUUCUUUUACUUUCCUUGAGGAGAAAAAAUUAAAGUUCUGAGCA